AUGGUGAAGGAAGUGAGAGGCAUCCAAAAGUACCGUGGAGAGGUUGCUCCUGCUCUCCUCAUAACUCCACAAAAAUCUUCCUAUGGUUAUCCAAAAUUGGAGCCAAUCAUCGAAGAAGGCUCUGAUGAGGGCUUCCAGAUCAUGCCCAAGAGGAUGAUGUUUCUUGUUCCUGCAUUAUUUUCUUUUGUCUCCUACUACUUCUUGAUGUACAGCAAGAUUAAAUAG